AUGCGUCUCUCAAGCCUUUCGUUCUUCAUCCAGGCUCUACUGUUGACUGCGGUCGCAGCCCAGAGUGCUGGUAUCUCCACCAAUCUCCAAGAUACCACAACCGCUACAACUUCAUCCUCCACUACCGAAUCAGUGCCUGAAACAACUUCAACAUCAUCCUCCACUACCUCUAAACAGACUACUACUGAGACAACUUCUACACCCGACCCUACUACCAAGACAACUUCUACCACCUCCGAGCGUACCACCGAUCCUGUCACCGAGCCUUCUACCUCAGCAGAACCCUCCUCCACUCCAGACCCCAUCGUCUCUUCAACCACUUCCAAGAAAGACACUGCCACCAAGACCACUGCCGAUGACACCACCUCGGCCAAGAGCACUACCACUCAGACCCCGGUCGUGAAGACGAUCACCUCCUAUGCGACCAGCGAUGGAUCCACCAUCGCCAACGUCAUGACCACCACUUCCACCCCACCCUCUCUUAACGGCGAGAAGAGCUCUGGCUCUAGUGGUGUGUCUUCUUCGGACAAGAAGAUCAUCAUCGGUGUCGUGGUGGGUGUCGGUGGUGCCAUUCUUAUCGGCGCUGUCGGUCUGGUCUUCUGGAGAAUCCACAAGAAGCGCAACGAGCAAUACGGCGAUGAGGAUGAUCUGAUGGGCGGCACCGCUGUAGGCUCCGGCCCUCGCGAGAAGGCUCCCAGCCCAGCCGGCAACACCCCCUUCAAGAACACACUGGACCAAUAUCACAACCCUGGUCCUGUCAACGCGGCGUCUAACUUCUAA